AUGCCGCCAAGACGUAGACGUGGUCCGCGAGUGGAGAACAACGUGGGGGAACAGACAGAGGGAAGUGUCGGCAAUCCACCCCCACCUUCACCACCACCUCUACCCCAACCAAACGAAAGGGAGUACAUCAAAGCCUUUCGGAAAGAGAACCCACCCAAGUUCGAUGGGUUGGGAGAGCCCCCGAAGGCGGAGGCAUGGGUACGUGAUAUUGAGCGUAUCUUUGAGUUCAUGGGAUGCACGGACAAGGAACGCCUAGCCUGCGUGACGUAUCAGCUGACAGGACCCGCUGACUUCUGGUGGGAAACAAAGAAGAGAACUAUGGACCCCGCUCGCCGUGAGGCGCUUACUUGGGAAGAGUUUAAGGAAGAAGUUUACAACAAGUAUGUACCGGAAAGUUAUCGGCGUGCGAAGGUAGUAGAGUUCCACACUUUGAAGCAAGGAAGUAUGACGGUCACCGAGUACGACCGCGCCCUAUGUGAGAUUACUCGUUAUGCGCCAGAAUUGGUGGAUACAAACGAGAAGAUGGCCGCGAAGUUCCGUUCCGGCCUUAGGACAGAAAUAAGGGUGGCAGUGGCUAGUCGGAGGGGAAUUCCUUACUCCGAGGUGUUGGGCUGUGCCUUAGAUGUGGAGGAAGCACUGCCCAAGAAUGGGAGGACAACAAACCCUACACCGUCUGCACCUCCAGCGAACUUUAGGGACAAAAGAAAGUGGGAGGGAAACUGA